ACAAGAAGGGAUUGACCCGUCCGUCCCUUUUUUUCCCCUGACGGGGGGAAAAGAGAAGAGUCCAGAUUUGAUUUGCUUUGAUUGAUGCUUGCUUGAUACUAGAUCCAUUUCUCUCUGAUACUGUAGUAUUCCAACGUCUACGUCUACGUCUACGUCUUCAAUCGAAACGACACCGCCAAGUUACAGAGUCCUUCCUGUCGAAACUACCUUGCGACACGGAUAAACAAAACAAACAAACGUUGCGAUACGCGCCGACGAAGCAGCACAAGGUGUAUUGCUUCGAAACGAAACACGACAACGCAACUCAACUCGACUUCCUUUGUAUUCCUACCACAUCACAUCACAUCACACCACCCACGAGCGCAUACCGAAUAAAACAUAACCGGACACCCUCUACACAAGCCGCAAUCAUGGGCGGCCAAUUCUCAAAGAUGAUGGGCAAGAUCUUCGGAUCAAAGGAGAUGCGCCUCCUCAUGCUCGGUCUCGACGCUGCCGGAAAGACAACUAUCCUCUACAAGCUCAAGCUCGGCCAGGACGUCACCACGAUUCCCACGGUCGGCUUCAACGUCGAGACGGUUACGUACAAGAAUGUCAAGUUUAACGUUUGGGACGUCGGCGGUCAGGACAAGAUUCGUCCUCUGUGGAGGCAUUACUUCAGCGGUACUCAGGGUCUUAUCUUCGUUAUCGACUCUUCCGAUAGGAACCGAAUGGAGGAGGCCAGACAAGAACUUCACCGUAUCAUCAACGAUCGUGAGAUGAAGGACAGUCUACUACUCGUGUUUGCCAACAAGCAAGAUUUGGCAGAGGCUAUGAAACCCCAAGAAGUCACCGAGGCUCUCCAGCUCUCCAAGCUCAAGGACAAGGUUUGGUACGUGGUGCCCAGCUGCGCCACCACGGGCGAGGGUCUUCUCGAGGGUCUGGCGUGGUUGUCCAACAAUGUCAAGGCCCCUCCGACUCCGGCUAAGAAGUAGACGAGGAGCGAGUCAUGCGACGUUUCUUCGUCUUCACCCUGAGGGCUUUUCACUACCACGCUAUCUCGAAACGAUCCCGAAUUCUUUUCUACCUCCCGAGCCUGCAUCUCGAUAUUAAGAGUUACAAGCUAUGUCACGCUUGAGGUAAAGGAGGAUGAUUUCGCCCAUACCACAUCUCGGGAUCAUAACAGCCCUCCUCUCCCCAAGGAGAAAUCACCCCUCAAACCCUCACUACGCCCUUUCCAAACUCCUCACACCAAAAACAACUCGCCGAAUUUGCUGAAAUACCCGGACUGUUUAUCAUAUCUUUGCUUCUUCUUUUUUCUUAAUUCUUCUAUUUUACCUGACUUCUCGCGUUGGAAGUCAAACCUUGAAACUGUUCUUGAUGAAGGGGGGAUGUGGGGAGGAACUUUACACACACAACCAAAAUGAUAGAUAAUUCACACGGGAUGGAGCAGGCAGUUUGUGGAAAAAGAGAGAGAGAAGAGAUAGGCAGACGUAUCUGAGGCAUGUCGACCUCGAAAGUCUUUUUUGUAUUGUUGAAAUCUUUGUCGUUUUGCUGUUUUUAUACGUUUUCCGUAUCGUUGGUGAAAGAGAAGAGAAUCUGUGUUGAAAAAUAAUGUCACUGGGCCCCCUUUUUUAUGGUAUUUGUUCUAAUGAUAUGGCACCCUUUUAUAUUUCUUCUGGGGUGAUGAUGUGAGAUGGUUGGAAGGGUAAAUCGGUGAUGUGGAUUUAGUGAGAUGGAGAGACAAAUACGACAAUAUUUAAACUUUCCAUGGAUCCUUGUGCUUAGCAGCCCAUCGCAGGCUGCACGGGAUUGCUGCUUUCUUGGUGACAGCAGUGCAACUCAAACUCUUAUAUAGUCGUCCCUCAGCUCUGGUAUAUAGCAGAUCGGCUGAGGCUUUGUUGAAUGCCAUUCAGAUCGUCAGUGUGAGGGCUACUACCCGCUGUCCUUUCAAGGAUAGACCAUACAGCCUUCACCUUUAUCAC